UUUUGACAGGAUGGUUUGCAUCCUCCACCUUUAGUCAGAGGAUUUAUGUGGUGUGAAUUCAGACGAGUCAACGAGGGGUUUCCGAUACCGAAUGUAUAAAGACAAAAAUAAGAACGUGGAAUUUUGAAAAUCAUGAUCAUAAGUAUUUUAGGUUCCAAGAUCAAGAUUCUAGUUUUGUCUGCAAGUGUGAGGUCAUUCUGUGACUCAUACAUGAAUGAUAAAAAUCUUUGUAAGUCAACUAUGUGAUUAGAGUUGACAUUUGGAGGAUAAGUAAUGAACUUUGAAUUUUUCAAUCCAUCAAAGAUGUAAGCUUUUCAUGUUUAGUCAUAAAAAACUUGUUUUCCUCAAAAUCUCAACUAAGAAAAGUUUAGUUUAUUAAUUUUCCCUAACAGAAAGUAGAUAAUAUUGGAACUUCUGGAAUGAUUACUCAUGCUUUAUUUACCUUUCUUGCAUAUUGCAUGUUUGCCUCCAUAACUAAAGGAUGUUGGAAAGGACAAAAAUUCCUACUGAAGAUUUCUUUUUAUUGGUUAAAUAUACAAAAAACAUGACUUAGCAGUUAGUUGAGUAUCUGAGAAAAAGUUCUUUUUGUCCCUAUUUGAUUCUGUGUUGAUAUUUCCAAUGGUCUUUUGCUUUGUUACAACCAAACAUUGUGGAUUUUGUUCCAAGAUGGAAUGAAUAAAAGUUUAUCUCAUUCUACUUCUGAAGAACUAUAUCUCUGUUCCAAAUUGUACUUUCAGAAAGGAUCAUGGACUUGAUCAGUGGACCAGCGUGUUUUCCGUUGAUGUUGGUAUUGAUAAUUACUAUGUUCAAUCUUUCAGGCAAACACCCUUUUCCUAUUUUCAUCUUUUUUUGCUUCUGUUUUGGAAAUAGUAAAUACCUUAGCCACUUGUUCUUCUGUUAUGUUGGGUGCUUUUAAUUUCAGAUUGCUAUGAUCCUCUGGAUCCUACUGGAAAUAUAUCGGUUACGUAUGACAUUGUUAGAUGGACAGAAGCUGGUUACCAGUGCUUCAGGCAAGGAUAACCAUUCAAAACUACUACAAGUAUAGACACAUCGAGAAACCGGGCUGGCAACUAGGGUGGACAUGGGCAGCUAAUGAGGUUAUUUGGUCAAUGUCUGGUGCUUUCGCCACUCAACAAGGGAAUUGUUCAGCCUUCAGAUCUGAAAUUCCACAUUGUUGCAAGAGAAGUCCUAUUAUAGUCGACUUUGCGCCAGAAGCUCCACCAGAGAACAAAUUAGAUGGUUGCUGUCAUGGUGGACUGCUUGCUGCCUCAGCUAUCAAUCCUUCCAGUUCUUUUGCGUCCUUUGAGAUGAAAGUUGGAAACUUAAGGGGAAAUUUUACAGUUCACAAGCCUCUAAAUCUUACUCUAAUGACUCCAGGACCUGGUUAUACUUGUGAUGAAUUUAUGGACACAGAUCCAACAACAUCUUUGGUUAUAGAAGGACAAAGACACGAGCAAGUAAUCAGGACAUGGAAAUCAACAUGCACCUACUCAACUUUCUUGGCCAACAACUUGCCAACCUGUUGUAUUUCUCUUUCAACAUUUUACAAUCCUGAGGUGACACCAUGCAAUUUGUGUAGCUGUGGAUGUAAAUUAGCUGACAAUGAGGCAAAAUUAUGCAUUGGGCAAAGAUCAUCAGGACCGUAUGUUCGCGAGCUAAUUCAGUGUACUGAUCAUAUGUGUCCCCUUCGGGUUCACUGGCAUAUUAAGAAGAACUACAUGAAUUAUUGGAGAGUGAAACUCACUGUUUCCAAUUACAACUUAGGCAAAAACUAUUCCAAUUGGAAUUUGGUAGUCCAACAUCCUGGUUUUAGCCAGCAGACAACUGUCUUCAGCUUCAACAGUACAAUGCUCUCUACCGUUGGUGUCCCAGAUGAAGUUGCACUGUUUUGGGGUCUAGACUUCUACAACGAUGCUUUGUUGCAAGCUGAAGAGAAGCAAGUGGGAUCUGUGACUACAGAAAUACUUUUACUCAAGGACAUGAACUCAUUUACACUUAGAAAUGGAUGGGCAUUUCCAAGGAGAAUAUAUUUCAAUGGUGAGAACUGCAGAAUGCCUCUUCCACAGAGUUUCCCUAUGCUUCCAAAUGGUUGCUCAAGGGAAAAACCUUGUAAUAGCUAUCUUUCUAUGCUACUACUGUCGAUAUAUUUGACUUACAAGACACUUAAUUUCUGAUCCUAAAUCAAGAUUAUUCAUCUUCCACCUCAUGAGAAUCAACUUUAUUGAUCCUAUUCGAUAUGCUGAAGGUGAGAAAUCAUCAAUAAUGCAGCUUCCUGGGCUUAAAAGACGAAACUCUAGUGAAGAGUCAUUUCAUUUUUUGGCGAUGAGUACAUUCCAAAAAUAUGGACCAUGGUAACGUUAUUGGUUUGAGUCCUUUGGCAUAUGAUUAACUUGUACAUGCUUUCUCACAAUUGCAUGCAAGCAUACAAAUGAGAAUAACAUUACUUUGUAAUUAUUAACUUUCGCAAGUUGUGAAAAAUAUAGUAUAAGGUAGAGUGAUUUCAAGCAUUUUAUAAUAUUCAAGAGUUAAACAAAAAUGUUGCAUGAAUCAAGACAAAUGAUGUAUUAUUCUUA